AAACGGAAAACACGAUUGCAAGCUUAAGACCGCGCGACGCGAUCGCAUUUUGCUUGGCCUCUCAAGCUGCGUGAACCUUGCUAGCAAAACUAGUUCUGGCGCUUCUCACUUUGAUGCGCAUCUACAUUUACACUUGAAGCGGACCAGAUCCAAAUCUUACUCGGCCGGGGUUCUCCGCGAUACCAUGGCACCAAAGGGUCGUGCCUCCCGAGGCCGAGCGAUUCAUUCACAGGAUGCGAAUGAAUGAAACGAGUGCGACAAUACGCAUACUUGUUGCAUCAGACAGUCAUGUUGGCUAUGCCGAGCGAGAUGUCAUUCGAGGAAGAGACUCAAUUAACAGCUUCAAUGAAGUUAUGGAGCUCGCCAAGAAUAGAGACGUUGAUAUGGUUCUUUUGGCCGGCGAUUUGUUUCACGACAGCAAGCCGUCGCAAAGCUCAAUGUUUGAGGUGAUCCGCUCCUUGCGCAUCAACUGCCUGGGCAAUAAGCCGUGCGAGGUACAAGUUCUUGCGGAUGACCCUGUCAUUGGUCACGACAAGGAUGUUCAGCACAUCAACACACAAGAUUACCAUGUCAAUGUCGCUAUUCCGGUUUACUCCAUACAUGGAAACCACGACGAUCCUUCUGGAUUUGGUGGGCUCUGUGCCCUUGACAUCAUUCAGGCAGCUGGCCUUGUCAAUUACUUCGGUCGUGUUCCGCAGUCGAACGAUAUUACAGUGCGACCAAUCUUGAUGCAAAAAGGAACGACCAGGCUUGCACUUUAUGGUCUGUCAAACGUGCGCGAAGAGCGCCUUCAUCAAAGUAUGCGGUCAGGCAAGGUGGCCUUCAUGCGACCCAGUCUUGAUGAUACUGGGACCGUGGAUGACAGCUGGCUCAAUAUCCUUGCUGUGCACCAAAAUCACCAUGCUCAUUCUACAACAAAUUACUUGCCAGAGUCCAUGAUUCCGAACUGGUUCAAUUUGAUUGUAUGGGGCCAUGAACACGAAUGCUUGAUUGAUCCUGUUGAAAACCAGGAACAAGGCUUUGCAGUAUGUCAGCCUGGAUCAUCUGUCGCAACGAGUCUCUGCCAAGGUGAAGCGCAGACUAAGCACGUUGGCAUCCUGACAAUCAAAGGGAAGGAUUUCUCAAUGGAGAAGAUCCCACUGAAGACCGUGCGACCGUUCAUAAUGAAGGAGUACCGGCUGGUCGAUGAAAUUGACGAAGCUCAGAAUCGGACCAAGAAUGGCAAGGCGCAGCAAGGUAAGGCCGCUGUGAUUGACUUCUUGAUCCGCAAAGUCGAUGAAGCUAUCGAAGAAGCGAUUGACGAGUGGCUGGAGACUCACCAAGGUGCCGAGCUUGACGGUGAAAACACGACCUUGACGCGCAGCGACUGCCCCUGCCGCUCAUUCGUGUUCGUGUAGACUACACCAAAGACGCGGAGACUGGUGAUCACUUUGAAAUAGAGAAUCCGCAGCGGUUCUCACAGCGGUUCAUCGGACGUGUCGCAAAUCCCACUGAUGUGGUUCAGUUCCAUCUCAAGAAGAAACCAGCAGCAAAGCGCAGCAAGAAUCUCGAGUUUCAUCAACAUGAUCAGCCAAAUGGCAACUCAGAGCAGGUACCUGUGAGUGAGCUCGUCCGGCAAUACUUGGAGCAGCAAUCGCUCAAGUGCCUUCCAGAGACUGAAAUGGCCAAUGCCGUUACGAAGUACGUCGAGAAGGAUGACAAGGAUGCAGUGAAGGAUUUUGUCGAGGAUCAUCUAGAGAGGCAGGUCAAACUGAUUGUUGAACGCAAGACAGCAGUCGAAGCAGUGGAAGAAGCAAUUGAGUCCAGCAAGGGAGAAUUGGGCGAGCAUGCCCGGGCGCACAGAAGUGACCUGGCUAAGCGCAAG